CUUCUCUGUCUCUUCGUCCACCACAGUCAUGAGGAUCCAGGUCCUGGUGGUGGUGAGCCUGGCUACGUGCCUCUUGGGGGCUAAACUACCAUAUUCAGCCUCAUCUGAGGAAGACAGAGCCACUCAGGUCUUGAGUCGCACUGUCUCCGUGAAGACCCCUGAGAGGAAAUCCAGUGUUAUCUCACACUUCCUGCCUGCCGAUCACAGAUAUGAAGCUACGGGAUCUGUCAGCAUCAGCAAAGGCCCUUCUUCCCCUAGAGCUGCUACCCCUGCACCUGUCAGUGCACCAGUUGCCAAAGUUCCAGCCGCUCCAGCACCCAAAAGCCCUGUAUCCAUUGCACGCACUGUGAGUGUAAAAACUCCUGAGAGAAAAUCAAGUGUCAUCUCUCACUUCACUCCUGCUGACCACCGUUAUGAAGCCACUGGAAGCGUAGUGAUUAACUCAGGCUCUUCUGGCCAAGCGAGAUCACGACCCGCACCGGCGCCUGUGCCAGCUGCACCACGCGUUUCUGCUCCUCCUCCACCAGCCCCUGUUGCGCCUUCCCCCUCACCAGCUGCUAAGCUAUCUCUAUCCCGUACUGUUUCUGUCAAGACUCCUGUAAGGAAAUCUAGUGUUAUCUCUCACUUCACACCUGCUGACCACCGUUAUGAGGCUACAGGAUCUGUUGUCAUCAAUCAGUCUUCUGGAUCACCUGCUCGAGUGCAAAAGGUAGCAGCACCUGCACCUGCUCCAGUUCGACCUGCUCCCACCCCUGCUCCUGCUCCUGCCCCUGCACGUGCUGCCCCUGCUACAAGCUCAGCCCGUAAGUUGGCUCUCAGCCGCACUGUGUCUGUUAAGACUCCUGAAAGAAAAUCAAGUGUUAUCUCUCACUUCACACCUGCUGACCACCGCUAUGAGGCUACAGGAUCCGUUGUCAUCAAUCAGUCUUCUGGAUCGUCAGCUGCUCGUGUGCAGAAGGUAGCAGUACCUGCUCCUGCUCCAGUUCGACCUGCUCCCACUCCUGCUCCUGCUCCUGCCCCUGCACGUGCUGCCCCUGCUACAAGCUCAGCCCGUAAGUUGGCUCUCAGCCGCACUGUGUCUGUUAAGACUCCUGAGAGAAAAUCAAGUGUUAUCUCUCACUUCACACCUGCUGACCACCGCUAUGAGGCUACAGGAUCCGUUGUCAUCAAUCAGUCUUCUGGAUCAUCAGCUGCUCGUGUGCAGAAGGUAGCAGCACCUGCUCCUGUUCGAGCUGCUCCUGCUCCAGUUCGACCUGCUCCCACUCCUGCUCCUGCCCCUGCACGUGCUGCCCCUGCUACAAGCUCAGCCCGUAAGUUGGCUCUCAGCCGCACUGUGUCUGUUAAGACUCCUGAGAGAAAAUCAAGUGUUAUCUCUCACUUCACACCUGCUGACCACCGCUAUGAGGCUACAGGAUCCGUUGUCAUCAAUCAGUCUUCUGGAUCAUCAGCUGCUCGUGUGCAGAAGGUAGCAGCACCUGCUCCUGUUCGAGCUGCUCCUGCUCCUGUUCGAGCUGCUCCUGCUCCAGUUCAACCUGCCCCUGCUCCUGCAAGGGCUGCCUCAUCUGCAGCCUCCAAGCUCUCUCUCAGCCGCACUGUUUCUGUCAAGACCCCUGAGAGACAAUCAAGUGUCAUCUCUCACUUCACACCUGCAGACCACCGCUAUGAAGCCACUGGAUCUGUCGUGAUCAAUCAGUCCUCUGGGUCAUCACAAGCAAGAAAAACUUCAUCCUCUGCUGCUCGUGUUCAGAAGGUAUCGGCACCUGCUCCUGCUCCAGUUCAACCUGCUCCCACUGCUGCUCCUGCACGGGCUGCCUCAUCUGCAGCUGCUGCCUCCAAGCUCUCCCUCUCUCGCACUGUUUCUGUCAAGACCCCUGAGAGACAAUCAAGUGUCAUCUCUCACUUCACACCUGCAGACCACCGCUAUGAAGCCACUGGAUCUGUCGUGAUCAAUCAGUCCUCUGGAUCAUCACAAGCAAGAAAAACUUCAUCCUCUGCUGCUCGUGUUCAGAAGGUAUCGGCACCUGCUCCUGCUCCAGUUCAACCUGCUCCUGUUCGGCCUGCUCCAGCUCCUGCACCUGCAAGGGCUACCUCAUCUGCAGCAGGUGCCUCUAAGCUCUCUCUCACCCGCACUGUCUCUGUCAAGACUCCUGAGAGACAAUCAGGUGUCAUCUCUCACUUCACACCUGCAGACCACCGCUAUGAAGCCACUGGAUCUGUUGUGAUCAAUCAGUCAUCUGGAUCAUCACAAGCAAGAAAGACUUCAUCCUCUGCUGCCCAAGUCCAGAAGGUAGCAAUUCCAGCUCAAGCUCCUGCUCCUGCACCAGUUAGACCUGCAUCUUCUGCUUCUGUACAAGCUGCCUCAGCUGCAGGUUCAUCAGCUUCUAAGCUCUCUCUAACUCGCACUGUCAAUGUCAAGACCCCUGAAAGAAAAUCAAGUGUCAUCUCUCAUUUUACACCUGCAGACCACCGGUAUGAGGCCACUGGGUCAGUUGUCAUUAACCAGGCUUCCGGUUCCUCACAGGCUAGAAAGACGUCCUCUUCCUCAGCUGCUCGCGUCCAACAGACAGCAGCAGCAGCAGCUGCAGCAGCUGCUGCUCGUGCUCAGCAGGAAGCAGAAGCUGCUCGUGCCCAGCAGGCAGCAGCAGCAGCUGCUCGUGCCCAGCAGGCGGCAGAAGCUGCUCGUGCCCAGCAGGCGGCAGAAGCUGCUCGUGCCCAGCAGGCGGCAGAAGCUGCUCGUGCCCAGCAGGCGGCAGAAGCUGCUCGUGCCCAGCAGGCAGCAGCAGCAGCUGCUCGUGCCCAGCAAGCGGCAGAAGCUGCUCGUGCCCAGCAGGCAGCAGCAGCAGCUUCUUCUGCCUCAAAGUUAUCACUGACCCGCACUGUAUCUGUCUCGACACCUGAAAGACAGUCUAGUGUCAUCUCUCAUUUUACACCUCAAGAUCAUCGUUAUGAAGCCACAGGUUCAGUUGUCAUUAACCAGGGUUCUGCUGGCUCCUCACGAAAAACCUCAAGUGCCUCAUUUAGCGGCCAAGGUGCAUCGUCAGUGAGCUCUAAGGCUACUGGGCAAUCAUCUUCAUCUUCCAGUGGCAGUGGACUGGCAUCCUCUUCCAGUGCCAGUGGAUUUUCUUCUUCAGCUGGUGCCAGCAGACUGGUAUCCUCUUCCAGUGCCAGUGGCCUGUCUUCCUCAGCCAGCAGUAGGAAACAAGCAUCCCAGUCUUCCAGGUUUUCUUCAUCCUCGGCUUCAUCAGGAUCCUCUUCUGCUGCCUCAUCCUCCAGUUCUUCCUCAGCAGGAUCUCGCUCACAUUCAUACCGUCUCGCAGAGCCCUUUCGAGGUGGGAGUUCCUUUUCAUCGGCUGACCUGAUGGAAGAAAUGUUGGCUUUCCGGGCAGAAGCAGCAAAGUCUGGUGUAGCUUACCCUGAGUUUAGAGAUACCGGCGAUGGCAGCGGCUCUGACCCCUACGCCUUCAACGUCCGAGUGGAAGACCACGAGAAUACGAAUUACCAGAGUCGAGAUGAAUGGGUUGGGGAAGACGGCAUAACCCGCGGCUGGUAUACCGUGCUGAUGCCUGAUGCCUUCUUCUAUAACUACUCCUACAUUGCCCACCCCGUUAAAGGUUACCAGGUUACAGUCAGCAAAACGGAUUCGGGCAUCGACAUGAAGGACGUCGAGGCCGACAUCUUCGCUCCAGCCACCGUCUUCUCGAACAAGGGCAUCACCAGGUUCUCUGACUUCGCCAUCUCCGGUGUCAACAACCAAGACGAUGGACCCAACCUUAACAUGGAGUUCGACGUGAACUCGGCCGCGCUUUUCGCCCAGUCCAUGGCGGAAGCGAUGCAGAAUCCCCGGUCAUCGUCGUCCGGCUCAAGGCCAGUAGAGGUGCAUGGGGCACCUGCCCAUAUCAACGGCUUCGCGCUUGUCAGUGACCACAGCUCUUCGGGAUCCUCCUCCGGUAGGUUCGUUGGCUCAAGCAGUGCCUCAUCUGGGUCCUCAUCCAGUAGCAGGUUCGUUGGCUCAAGCAGUGCCUCAUCUGGGUCCUCCUCCGGCAGCAGCUUCACUGGCUCAAGCAGUGCCUCAUCCGGGUCCUCCUCCGGCAGCAGCUUCACUGGCUCAAGCGGUGCCUCAUCGGGCUCUUCAAGCCAUAGGUUUGGUUCUUCAGGUUCAUCGUCAGGUAGCUCUUCCUCCUCUGUGAGUGGUAGCUCAUCAUCCUUCUCAGGAAGUCAGUCAUUUUCCGGUUCAUUCUCCGGAUCAUCUUCAUCGGGAGCAUCUGCUGAAGAGACUCAGAUUAGACAGUCUAGUUCUGGCAUCUCGGGUGCAUCAGCAGGAUCGGCAGGUUCCAAGUUAUCUCUCACCCGCACAGUAUCAGUCAAGACUCCCCAAAGAACUUCUGGAGUCAUUUCCCACUUCACACCAAAGGACCAUCAGUAUGAGGCCACUGGAUCGGUAGUCAUCAACCAGGGUUCCAAAGCAUCAUCAUCCUCUGCGGCUCGUGUCCAGAAAGUAGCAGUACCAGCUCCUGCUCCGGUUCGCCUUGCUCCUGCUCCUGCUCCUGCUCCUGCACGAGCUGCCUCAGCUGCCGCUUCUUCUGCCUCCAAGCUUUCUCUUACUCGCACUGUCUCUGUUAAGACCCCAGUAAGAGAAUCAGGUGUCAUCUCGCACUUUACACCUGCUGACCACCGCUAUGAGGCUACAGGAUCCGUUGUCAUCAAUCAGUCUUCUGGAUCAUCAGCUGCUCGUGUGCAGAAGGUAGCAGCACCUGCUCCUGUUCGAGCUGCUCCCACUCCUGCUCCUGCCCCUGUACGUGCUGCGCCUGCUACAAGCUCAGCCCGUAAGUUGGCUCUCAGCCGCACUGUGUCUGUUAAGACUCCUGAAAGAAAAUCAAGUGUUAUCUCUCACUUCACACCUGCUGACCACCGCUAUGAGGCUACAGGAUCCGUUGUCAUCAACCAGUCUUCUGGAUCAUCAGCUGCUCGUGUGCAGAAGGUAGCAGCUCCUGCUCCUGUUCGAGCUGCUCCUGCUCCUGUUCGAGCUGCUCCUGCUCCAGUUCAACCGGCUCCUGCUCCUGCAAGGGCUGCCUCAUCUGCAGCCUCCAAGCUCUCUCUCAGCCGCACUGUUUCUGUCAAGACCCCUGAGAGACAAUCAAGUGUCAUCUCUCACUUCACUCCUGCAGACCACCGCUAUGAAGCCACUGGAUCUGUCGUGAUCAAUCAGUCCUCUGGAUCAUCACAAGCAAGAAAGACUUCAUCCUCUGCGGCUCGUAUCCAGAAGAUAUCAGUACCUGCUCCUGCUCCUGCUCAGCCUGCUCCCACUGCUGCUCCUGCACGAGCUGUCUCAUCUGCAGCUGCUGCCUCAAAGCUCUCCCUCUCUCGCACUGUUUCUGUCAAGACCCCUGAGAGGAAAUCAAGUGUCAUCUCCCACUUUACACCUGCAGACCACCGCUAUGAAGCCACUGGAUCUGUUGUGAUCAAUCAGUCCUCUGGAUCAUCGCAAGCAAGAAAGACUUCAUCCUCUGCUGCCCAAGUCCAAAGGGUACCAGCACCUGCUCCUGCUCCGGUUCGACCAGCACCUCCCCCUGCUCGUGCUCCUGCCCCUGCUCCCGCACGCUCCAUCCCUGCUGUAGCUCCUUCCGACGCCAAUUUAUCUCUCACCCGCACUAUUUCGGUCAAAACUCCCGAAAGGAAAUCUAGCGUUAUUUCCCACUUCACGCCCGCCGAUCACCGCUACGAAGCCUCAGGAUCCGUCACCAUCAACAAGUCCUCCGGCGGAGCUUCCCGCCCCGUGACCCCGAGCGCCAGAGUGGUUCCCAGCGCCCCUGCAGCACCCGCCCCCGCACGACAAGCCCCAGCAGCCUCGCCCAAACCAGCGGCAGCCUCUCUCACCCGCACAAUCUCCGUGAAAACCCCCGAGAGAAAGUCGAACGUGAUCUCCUUCUUCGUCCCCGCGGACCACAGCUACGACGCGACUGGCUCCGUCACCAUCAACAAGUCAUCCUAAUCUACGUAAACACGAAGCGCCUUGCGAACGAAGCGAAACUUUUAACACGUGGUGGAUGAUGGGCUAAGCUUUGUCAUUACAACAGAAAAAGAAAAAAAAUAAAUACAAAAAAAAUAAAGCAGGGUGAAUACCUUGAAUAGGGUGCGACUGUUCUUAACAGGGUAACUUUUUUUUAUAUUUCUUACUUAACUAAGUAUUUAUGUAAUUUAUUAUGCAAAUUAACUUUUCCUCAAUUUCAUCCGAGACACCAUUGCCUAUAAUGCUAUAAUGGCUGUAAAUUAUUUUCACGAUGAAAUGACAGCGGUGAAAGUAAGAGUUCUUGUAUAAAAAAUAUUAUAUUUAUUGUAAAUGUCUACGCCAACCAAUCGACGAUGAAAAAUAAAACAGACUCUGAUGUAC